UGAACAAUUUUUUCAACACAUUUCUGCCACUGACCCCCCCACCCCACAACCUACCCCUGUUCACCACAUCUCUCCCUCUCCCCGCUGAAAUUUUACAAUUUGCUAGUGCUCCUCUACCAUGGACCACCCUCUCCCUCACCAGAAAGAAAAAGACAGAAUAUCACAAAUUCUCAACACUUUCCUGCUAUUUGGGUCCUGGAUUUUCUCACAGACUAUCAUGAUUUUACCGGCCUGCUCUCGAGCUCUUCGGUAAUGCUUGGAGCCAUGCCGAUUGCAGUGUGGGAGAUGGAGAUGACGGAGGGUUUGUGCAGAGAGCUUGACAUGCAGACUCCCUAAUGCUGUUUCAACAGAGCACUUUGGAAAUGCACUGGUUCACAGGGACAGCAAGGUUACAUGCCAAGAGAGAAACCCUUGCAUAAUCUUGCAGCUCAAAGCAACUGUAAUUUCCCCAAGGAGAAGUACACUUUGUUUCUCUAUCUUUCAUCUAGCCCACGGACUCUUAGACACCUUGGUUAGAUUGGUGAUUUCCAUGGCUACAGUUCAAACGAAGGAAGGAAAUUUGUCCUGGCUUUAGAUGAUAUAACAUUUCUGUGUUAUUCAUUCUCUCGGUUUCAUUCUCUCACCUGCUGUAUGAGUGUGUGUGUGUGUGUAUGUAUUUGUGUGUGCGUGUGUGUGUAUGUGUGUGUGGUUCUUCAGUGCGCAAACAAUUAAUGAUGACAAUUUGUAUUUCGAUACGCAUCUCUUCCCAGAGCAAGCCAAGCCAGACGUUUAGGAAGUCGUAUCUUUAAUAGAUGUCACCCGAUAUUAAUGUGCAGACACCGAUUCUAACCUGGCAGCCAGAGGGGAAUCAAUCACCCCCCCUGAAUGUUACUCUCCUCUGACAAAUAUGCUGGUGCCUGCCAGAUAGCCGAGCUAAUGGCCUCCAAAGUAUUUCUGUCAACGGGAGACCCGCCAUUAAUUAUUCAAUCUCCUGAGCUUCCGAACUGCUGUGAUAUCUUACAAUAUUUACAAUGUGCCUACGCCUUGGAGACGCGGCUAGUCGCGCAAUGUGCAACCGAACCCCCACAACUGGAACUGGCUGGGGCUUUUUCACAGGGGUGUCCAUUUUCAUACACUGACCUUGCAUGUCACACCGGUUUGGAAUCUUGAGAGCGGUGUAUUGGGGUCAGCCCACAGAGAUUUCCAGAACACCUACAAGUGACUCUUGGCUUGUUCUCCUUGUUUAUCAUUAGUCCAAACUGAUUUGGCUUUACAGUGAGCAAGGUGUAUGUCAGUAAUAUGGGUCAUUAUUUAUUUAUUUCCUUUUUUUUUUCGAUUUUCGUGACAAGGUGAAAUACUCUAUCUCUAAUUACAAGAAACUUAACACCACUGAUACUCCAGCACCCUCUCUAUAUUUUAUAACAGACAAAAGCAUCAGCAUUACAAGCUUAUAAAACCCCUAUAUUUAGUUCUGCAGGUCUUUUCAUUUUUUGACAGCAAUUCUUUGUCACAAUAAAAUAAACAUGUUUUUAUUUUAUGUUAUUUUCCACAAAUACUUGAGACAAUAUGCCCAAUAGAUGAUCAGGGCAGACUUCUUUCAUCUGACCACAUGUGCUACCUCUCUCUCUCUCUCUCUCUCCUUCUUCUUCUCUCUCUGUCUCUCCCUCUCUCUUUCUCCUAAUCUCUUCCACACUUCUGUCCCUGCCUCUCUUCCCCCGCUUGCAUUAUGCGACCAUCGAGUUAAAUUCCUUUUCUCUUUUUUCCCUCUUUCCUGCACAGAGAGGGGUUGGGGGUGGGAGUGAAUCUAAAUGGGUCACGUGGGAUCCCCUGCUAAGUAGGCUGUGACGUCGGCUCCCCCAGUCACUAGAGCCGGAGUCUGUCAGCAGCUGGUUUUUUCCCAGCCCCUCUCCCACCAGAGGAGAGAGAAGAGGAGGGAGAAGGAAGCCCUUCCCUUUGGCCAGCCCCGAACCAAAACAGAGGAGCUGUUUUCCUUUGUGCCACAGUCAAGCUGUUUUGUUUUUAUUCUGUUUCCUUUUUUGUUUCUUCCUUUUAGCUGGGAGGAAAAAAGGGACUAGGCAAUACAACCAUCUUUAACAUCAGUGCUGAGGCUGCUUUUGCCUGCUGCUAGUUCUGCUGACUGCCUUGCUUGUCUGUCUGGAGAGAGAUUAAUAUCAGAUGCGCACCGCACACACACUGGGGAGAGGGGCAGAGAGAGAAAGGAAGGAUGCUGAAGUUUUUUCCCCCUCAUUUUCUGCACUUAUUUUUACCCUUAUCGUUUUCCUUCUGGGAAAGACGGAGCGAGAUAGGGAGGGAUUGACCAUGCUGGCCGAGACGGAGUAGAAGUAGAAGAAGUGCGAGCUCAUAGGCAACCAGGAGGCAAUCAAAGCAAGCAAGCGAGUGCACAGGAAAUGAUCGCCCCGGAUAGAGUGUAGCAGAUGGACGAGCUUGUAUGCCAAGACUGAUGCAUGCAGGAUCAAGCCGCUGCUGAUGUGUGCUGAUGAUUAGGGGAAAGGAGCACAUUAUCCCAGAUUAAUCUUUUUUCAUUUCCAGCGGUAGUGGAAGAGAGGAGGAGGAGAAGAGGGAGGGGGUUGGGGAGAUGGCGUGCGGACUGUGUCGACAGACGGCUCCAACAUCAGAUCACUUUGACUGCUUGCCACGAAUGGAGAUAACGAAGACACUCGUCUGACGGUGGAGCGCGCGCGAGAGAGAGCGAACAAGCGAGCAAGCAAGAGAGAGAGAGAGAGAGAGAGAGAGAGAGAGAGAGAGAGAGGCAGUAAGGCGGAGGGAGCCAAGGAGACAACUGUCCCUCAGAGGAAGACGCUGUUGCGUGUCCCCCCCGCAGCAUGUAUGCCUGCCACUCUCCACAGCAUCAGCCACAGCGGCACUUCCUGGCAGUUCUCAUGACCAGCGUGUCACUUCCCUCCUAGCUCCACCAGUGGCGGGGCGGGGUGGAGUGGAGCAGGGCGGCGAAAGCACUGGGGCUGAGGGAGCCCUGAGACCGACUCAUCUGCCAGCAGAGAUAACCCUCGGGCUGUUUUUCGCGAUCGCGCAUGUUUGACGCGAUUGGAUGUGACCGCCACGUUUUGCCACAGCGGUCCCUUAGUGCACCAUGCAGUGGCGACGGCGGCAGCACUGCUGCCUGGCCAAGAUGACCUGGAGCUGCAAGCGCUCGCUCUUCCGCACCCACGUGGUGGGGCUGCUGUCGCUGGCCUCGCUCUCGGCCACCGUGCUCUUCCUCAGCCAACAGGACUGGCUGCCGGGCCACGCGGGCCUCCGGGACAACCCUGUGGCCUACACGGUGCAGCAGCAGCAUGCCAGCGGCUUCACGCGCCCACGCAGUGACGCCAACCUGAGCGCGCUGCGCAGCAUCUGGAGGUGGGAGACGGGCUACGCCGCGCCGCCCAAGCCCCCGGCCAACCUGAGCAGCCACCCGGCCGCAGAGCCCCUGCCCUUGGCCGCAGAGCUGAGCCUAGAGGACUCGCUGAGCACCAACAGCAGCCUGCAGGGAGAGAUGGGCGUGGGCGGGAGGCUGGCGGCGCAGCCGUACCGCUACAUCCUCAACGAGCCGCACAAGUGCCGCGACGGCGCCGCGCCCUUCCUUGUGCUGCUGAUCGCCGCAGAGCCGGGCCAGGCAGAUGCCCGCAACGCCAUCCGGCAGACAUGGGGGAAUGAGAGUGUGACGGCGGCAGCUGGCCUGGGCUUCGUGCGGCUCUUCCUGCUGGGCGUGAUGGGCUCCAGUCAGUCCGAGGCACACAUGCAGAGCGCCAUUGAGGACGAGAGCCGGCAGUUCCACGACAUUAUCCAGCAGGAGUACCUGGACACUUACUAUAACCUGACCAUCAAGACACUAAUGGGCAUGAACUGGGUGGCCACGCACUGCCCACACGCCAGCUACGUGAUGAAGACGGACAGUGACAUGUUUGUCAACACCGAGUAUCUCAUCCAGAAGCUCCUCAAGCCCGACCUGCCGCCCAGGAGGAUCUAUUUCACCGGCUACCUGAUGCGGGGCUACGCACCCAACCGCAACAAGGACAGCAAGUGGUAUAUGCCCUCCGAACUGUACUCCAGCGAGAGGUACCCCAUCUUCUGCUCGGGAACGGGCUAUGUGUUCUCGGGGGACCUGGCGGAGAAGAUCUACCAGGCCUCCCUGAGCAUCCGCCGGCUGCACCUGGAGGAUGUGUACGUAGGGAUCUGCCUGGCCAAGCUGCGUAUCGACCCCACGCCACCGCCCAACGAGUUCCUCUUCAACCACUGGCGUGUGUCGUACUCCAGCUGCAAGUACAGCCAUCUCAUCACCUCUCACCAGUUUCAUCCCAAUGAACUUAUCAAGUACUGGAACCACCUGCAAAGCAACAAGCACAACGCAUGCGUCAACAUGGCCAAGGAAAAGAAUGCACGCUAUCGCCACCGGAGGCUGCAUUCAGAUAGGUUCUUAUGAUAACUGGCGGCAGGGUCAGAAUUGGCAGAGUUCACAAAGGUCAGAGGUCAAAUACAGAAUAGAAAAAAGGUGACAUGUUUUUCUCCAAGCUCAGCACCCCACUGAAUAGGCAACAGCACAGUGUUUUUGGUAUUGUGUACAGUCGACUAAAACUAUUUUUUUAAUUUGAGACAGAUGUUAUGUAUUGUGAAUCUGUAACUCUUUUUAAAAGGGCAGUGUAAUACAUGUGCAAUAUUGAGCAUGCACAAAAACAAAAGGAAAAAAAUGUAUAUAACUAUAUAAAUAUAUCUAAAUAUAUCUACAAUGGUGGUUUUAAUCAUAUCAGGUGCCAACAAGGAUAUUUGUGGUGAGGUUGUCAAUAUUUUCCUGGAAAUUUUAAUUUGGUCUGUGCACAGUUAUACCACACUGGGUCCAAUUUGAUUGAGUUUACUUGUUUUGGCUUACUACAAAGGAAAAGCGAAAAAGAUAAUUGCAUGAAAAGGGGAUAUACCCUUCUGCAACCACUUAUCGAGUGUGACAUUCCAAAAGCAGGACCCAAGCAGGACCCAAGGUUGUUUCCUAAACUGCCCAGAACACACCAAAUGAUCGUUUACCUGAAAAACUACAUGGUCAAAUCGUUAUUAUACACAGUAUUUAGACACAGAGUGUAUUGUUCUAUACCAAUGCUGUCAGAUAUAUUAUAUUGAGAUUGUAUUUUUCAGAGCUUUACAUUUGCACUCGGGGUAGUGUGAAGUGAGAAAUAUUGAUUAAAUGUAUUUCCUCCA